AUUGUAACUCCUUUGCCGUUUUGCUUUUUUUCAGAUUUUUAACAUUCGUUGACUUUAGGAUCACCUUGGCUUCGAGGCGUUUGCCAAUGCGUACCGCCGACUGAUUCACGUACAUUCGUUGUUUUCAGAAAAGUUCACCGCUUAUUCGGAUGAUGGCCACGUCGUUAAGUUCGGCAAGUUCCUUCGUUUUCUCCUUUGGGAGCAAAAGGACAGUUUGGGCAAAGAUGUUGCACUUUGCAGCCAUUUCUUGGGCGAGUACCUGCGAGAUAUGGAUUUGACGAGAUAUCUGACAGGCGAUCAGCUGAAAAGUGAAUCAUCAUUGGACGCCUACGCCAAAUGUCUUUUGAUGGGAUGUCGCUGCGUCGAACGUAUGUUUAUACUAAAAUCGAACGUUCUAGUUGACUGCUGGGAUGGUACGAAGCGGGGCCCUUCAGAAGCAGAGAUCGUCAUCUAUCAUGGAUACACAAUGACGACAAAACUGAACCUUCGCGACGUUCUGCAGACGAUCAAGGAGUACGCGUUCGUGACGUCUGAGUACCCGGUAAUUUUGUCGAUCGAGGACAACUGCACCCUACAGUUCCAGAGGCAACUGGCGUUGGACUUGAAGGAGAUCCUUGGAGAUAUGCUGUUGACAUCGCCGAUCGACAAAGAGGCAACGAAACUCCCAUCACCGAAUCAACUGCUUCGAAAAAUAAUUGUCAAGCAUAAGAAGCUGCCAACGGAAGCAGAGUGCCGCAUGAAUUCGACGUCUUAUUCUUCAUCAGUGGAUGAAUCAUUCCAAGACCAGGAUCUGCUUGCAUUACCGGACAUUCAGAAAAAAGGAGUUCUUCACAUCCGGCAUCCGGAAACGAACAACUGGAUUAUGCAUGUAUUUGUGCUCUUUUCGGAUCGUUUAUGCUUCACACAAAAUGUCGACGUCUUCCUCGAAAGCUGGAGCAGUCACGAGGACUUGCCCUCAGAAACUCUUGCUGGGUCUCGGCCAUCUUUUUUGGAAGACGAGGAUACCGAUGACCAGAGCGAAGGACUUAAGGAGACGUUCGCCGAGGAACUGCACCUUAGCGAGGAAUGGUUCCAUGGCAAAAUCAGCAGGGACGACGCCGUGCAUUUGCUCAAGUGUCACGCUGAUCUUGGCAAUGGCUUGUUCUUGGUCCGUGAAUCAACUACGUUCAUUGGCGACUAUUCACUCUCGUUUCUAUAUCACGCCACGGUGCACCAUUGUCGUAUCAAGACGUCACAGACGCGAGGAGUGACCUAUUACUUUUUGCAAGAAACGAAGAAAAUGGAUACACUCUAUGAACUGAUCAGUUACUACCAGGACCACAUGUUUAAUACGCCGAAGUUUCGCACGAAACUUGUCACUCCUUGUCCUCAGCCGAUGCCUCAUCUGAAUCAGCCGUGGUUUGCUGGUGCUAUUGACAAGCAGCAGGCCGAAGACAUGCUGAACGCCUAUCCGCUUGACGGUGCAUUUCUGAUUCGUUACAGUGGCACAUCCGACAACGUGUUCACUCUUUCGUUCAGGGUCGACGGCCAAAUCAAACACUGUCGUCUGAAGCAGGAGGGGCAUAUGUUCGUCGUUGGCAGUCUGCAAUUCGAAAACCUGAUCUGGGUGGUCGAGUACUACAACAAACAUGAACUUUUCCAUGGCGUGUGCCUGAAGUAUGCGGUCAACAACGAGACGAUAGAGAAGUACUCAAAAGAGCUGUCAUGUGCGCCCAGCGGCUCAUACAUGGACCUCGAAAGAAUGGAUAUGAUGCUGAUGCGGGCGACGUCCAGCUAUGCCGCUAAGAACGACCUCGAAUUGUCGUUUCCGUUGAAUGCGAUCAUCUCGGUGACACGGAAAGAAGAUUCUUACUGGUAUGCAAAUGAAUCAGGCUGCUGCGAUUGGGCGUGA